AUGGCAGCGCCACCUCGCCGCCGCGCCUCGCCGCCGGCGCUCCCCGAGGAGCUCGUCGAGGAGAUCCUCCUCCGCUUCCCGCCCGACGACCCAGGGUGCCUCCUCCGCGCCUCCCUCGUCUGCAAGACCUGGGGCCUCGCCAUCUCGCACCCCGGAUUCCGGCGCCGCUUCCACGACCACCACCGGUCGCCACCCGUGCUCGGCUUCCUCCACGGCUGGGAUAACGAGCGCAUCCCGCACUUCAUCCCCACCACCGCCUCGUCCUUCUCCCUCGCGGCCCCGGACUGGCGCUCAUGGCGGGCUAUCGACUGUCGCCACGGCCGCGCCCUCUUCCUCUCCAACGACCCGGGCGGUGCUUGGGAACUUCUCCUGUGGGAGCCAACCACAGGCGCCCAGUGGCGCAUACCGGUGCCCACGGCGUUCGAGAGCGAGUACCCGACGGCGGCCGUAUUCUGCGCAGCGGACGGAUGCGACCACCGCGACUGCCUUGGGGGUCCUUUCCGCCUGGUUUUCCUCUUCACCGCCAUCUUCGAUAACUUCACUCCAAGCGAGGACUGCGUCACGUCUGCGUGCGUGUACUCGUCGGAGACCGGCACGUGGGGCGAGCCGACCUCGCUGCACGGCGAGAUCGGCAACUUCACACUAUAUGCCAGCGUGCUCGUCAGAAAUUCGAUGCUCUACUUCCUGUCCGACGGUGAGGCGAUUCAGGAGUAUGACUUGGCCAGGCACAGCCUUACCGUGUUCGACGCACCUGACAACAGCUUCGAAGAGAAAUUCAAUCUCAUGCUGGCGGAGAACGGUGAACUGGGAGUUAGCGAAUCCCUGGAUGGGCGUCUCAAUCUGUGGUCAAGGGAGCUGAGUGGCGGCACUGGUGCACGAUGGGUAGUGACACGGGUCAUCUGCUUUGAAAUUUCGCUCCCGAAUGGUGCUCUUGUGAAUUCAGUGGAUGUGUUGGGCUUUGCUGAGGGCGCCAAUGCCAUUUUUGUGAGCACCUUUGCUGGCCUCUUUAUGAUCGACCUACAAUCGGACUGGUUCAGGAAGGUGUGCGAUUUUCAUGGCUACUAUAAUUUGAUUCCAGUUAUCGGCUUCUAUACUCCACGGUCUAGGCUCAGAGCACUCAGGGGCAAGCACCAUGACCCGCCGCCGCCGCGGAACCCUAUUAAGGAGGAAACACUAAAGUUUGCGCAUAAGCUGUUUGAUAAGGGGUGCAAGGCCACGCAGGAGAGGAACUUUGCCAACGAAAGUGACUGCUUCAGCCGUGCCCUCAAUAUUAGGGUUCUUCACUAUGGAGAACUUGCUCCGCAGUGCGCAAGCACAUUUUAUAGAUAUGGACAUGCCUUGCUACACAAAGCUCUGGCUGCGACCAAUUCUUUGGGUCGUGUAUCCAAGAGUGCACUAAAUGAAGAAUCAGUCAAAAUUACAUCUAUAACCAGCAAAGAUGAUGCUGGGAGCUCGUCAGCCUCUGGUAGCAAUGUUGAGCAUGUUCUGCCAUCGAAGGGAGAUGAUUCUGAGAAGGCCAGGGGAAGACCAAAGAUCUUGCGCGGCAGGUCCGCCAGAAAAACGAAAAAGAGAAAGAAGUCUCAGUACAGAAAUAAGGACAUUAACAUGACAGAGAAUGAGGUUGUUUCUGAUUUGCAUCUGGCCUGGAAAAUGUUGGAUAUUGCCAGGGAGAUAGUUGUGAAGAGCCCAGAAAAAAGAAUGGAGAAAGCUAAUACUCCCUCUGAAACUGAAAACAGAUCUCAGAAAGACAUGACCAGACCGGUUUCCAGAUAUUCCGGACUUGAUCUGAUCGGGAGUAUAUUUUAUGCUCUCGCUGAAGUCUCCAUGAAAAGAGGGGACAGAGACAGCGCAAUCGGUUACUACUUGGAAGCUCUAGAUAUGUUGGAACAUUUGUGUAGACCUGACGAUCUUCGAGUCGUGCAGUUGUAUCCUCUUUGUGGUGAUAGUAGUGGUGUAGUGUCAAUCACUCCGCCUCAUAGUAGUAUAUGUGGGUGCAACUCUGGGGUUUCAGGGAUACAUUUACUCACCGUAGCUGGAAGUUAA